UUUAUAUUAGAUGCACCAAAAUAAUAAAUCCAAACCUUUGUCCUUCAAAAUUUUUAUACAAAUCCUUCAAAAUUAAAUUCUAUUUCUUUUGAAAAAUCCGCCAUGGAUACACCUUCAGCCCCCUCUUCCUCUUCUGUGCAAAAACCCUGACAAAAACCCACUUUCAUGCUAGCUCUUCCUCUCUCUUUGGACCUUCAAUUUCUAUCUGCAGACCAAAAUUAGGGCAAAUGGGAUCUACUGUACCAUUUCAGGACCUCAACCUCUCUCCAUCUCCAUCUUCAUCUCCGCUGUCCACCAACGCUGCUGUCCCUACCCCGCCUCCUCUUUUAAUACCAAAGAUUGAACCUAAACUUGAGCCGCUUGACGAUCUAGUUGAAACACCUCAGCCCCAAGAACCUCAAGACCCUUUGUAUCCCGAUUUUACCCCUAACUUGUUCUCUAAUUCCGAACAUACCCCUCCUUCCCAAUCCUCCGCCCUCUCUUCCUCCCAAGAAGACAAUGUCUACUCCGAAUACCACAGAAUAUCCGAGCUUUUUCGUACUGCGUUCGCCAAACGCUUGCAGCAGCAGUACGGCGACGUUUCGGUGUUGGACCCAGAUUCUCGCGCGAUCGUCCCUGUCAAUGAAGACAGUAGUCUCUCCUCCGUUGUCGUCACCCGGCCUCCUCGCCGAUACCCGAAGCGCUCUUCGGAGCUUGUCCGCGUGACCGACCUGGGAAUCGAGGACCAGCGGUAUUUCCGAGACGUCUGUCGUCGAACCCGUAUGCUAUAUGAUGCCCUCCGCAUCUUCUCCGUCUUGGAGGAAGAGAAACGCCGUGGCGAGAGCCUCGGCCGCCGGGCCCGUGGCGAUCUCCUCGCCGCCUCCUUGAUGCGUGAACGCGGGCUUUGGCUCAACCGCGAUAAGCGGAUCGUGGGGUCCAUCCCUGGAGUUGAAGUUGGGGAUCUCUUCUUUUUCCGGAUGGAAUUGUGCGUGGUUGGACUCCAUGGCCAAGUCCAAGCAGGAAUUGAUUACCUUCCGGCAAGCCAGAGCUCCAAUAGGGAGCCCAUUGCGACAAGCAUUAUAGUUUCGGGCGGCUAUGAGGACGAUGAGGACUCUGGAGAUAUGUUAAUCUACACGGGGCACGGUGGACAGGACAAGUUUUCGAGGCAAUGUAUGCACCAGAAGCUGGAAGGAGGGAAUUUAGCGUUGGAGAGGAGUAUGCAUUAUGGGAUUGAGGUAAGAGUAAUUAGAGGGUUUAAAUAUGCUGGGAGUUUUACUAAUAAGAUUUACGUUUAUGAUGGUUUGUACAAGAUUCAUGAUUGUUGGUUUGACGUGGGCAAAUCUGGGUUUGGUGUUUAUAAGUACAAACUGUUGAGGAUUGAUGGGCAACCAGAAAUGGGUAGUUCGAUUUUGAGGUUUGCACAGAGUUUGAGAGUUAGUCCAUUGAGUGUGAGGCCUAGGGGGUAUCUUAGUCUUGAUAUUUCCAACAAGAAGGAGAAUAUGCCAGUUAUGUUGUUUAAUGAUAUUGAUAACGAUCAUGAUCCUCUGUGUUAUGAGUAUCUGAUGAGGACAGUGUUUCCACCGUUUGCAUUUAAUCAUGGAAGUAAUGGGACAGGGUGUGAUUGUGUUUCAGGUUGUAUUGAUGGUUGUUUUUGCUCGAUGAAGAAUGGGGGAGAGUUUGCUUAUGAUCAGAGUGGUUUCUUGUUGAGAGGGAAGCCGGUAGUAUUUGAAUGCGGAGCUUUUUGUAAGUGCCCACCAAGUUGCCGAAAUCGGGUAACUCAAAGGGGGGUGAGAAAUAAAUUGGAAGUGUUUAGGUCAAGGGAGACAGGCUGGGGAGUUAGGUCAUUGGAUUUGAUACAUGCUGGUGGAUUUAUAUGUGAAUACGCAGGGGUUGUUCUCACAAGAGAGCAAGCUGAGGUUUUCACAAUGAAUGGUGAUAGCUUGAUUUAUCCAAGUAGGUUUUCUCAGAAAUGGGCUGAAUGGGGGGAUCUGUCUCAGAUUUAUCCUGAUUAUGUGCGUCCAUCUUAUCCAUUGAUUCCACCUUUGGAUUUUGCAAUGGAUGUGUCAAAAAUGAGGAAUGUUGCUUGUUAUAUGAGCCACAGUUCAACUCCAAAUGUGCUUGUGCAGUUUGUGUUAUAUGAUCACAAUAAUUUGAUGUUUCCUCAUCUCAUGCUUUUUGCAAUGGAAAAUAUUCCUCCUUUGAGGGAACUUAGCCUUGAUUAUGGUGUGGCUGAUGAGUGGACUGGGAAGCUUUCUAUUUGCAACUGAAUAGGCUAGAAAAGUUUUUGGAACUUUUGUAUGUGGUGUAGCACAUCAUCGGAAGACAUAAUGUUGUGGUAAACGUUCAAUGGUUUUGCCAUAGUUUUCUGACCCACUAUCCUGAAGUGUCUGGUCUUUGUCAUUUUACCCUGAUAACUGAUGCUGCAAAUCUCAAUAUUAUAUCAGAAUAUUUUUCUUCCUUUGAUCUCGAAGUGCUCAAGG